CAAGAUAUUCAAAUUUCUUGUAAACACGAAAGAGAUACUCAUGGCUUCUAAUAGGAAUAAAAUCGAACUGUUUACACUUGUUAUAUUUUUGUUUACACCUGUAGAAAUUGUUAACGGUCAAGUUCCAGAAUGUUGCUCGGAAGUCACGGGAAAAUGUCGACGUGACUGCGAGGAGAUUUCCUUAAUGAAUAUGGCUCUAAAUCCAGAAGAAAGAAAAUUCAAAAUGAGAAAUUUACAUGCCAGUUGUGGAGAAACAUGGACUUUCUUUUGGAAUUGUAUGAACAGAACACUGCAGAGAAUAGAUAAAGGGGAAAGAUGGUAUGGUCGUUCCUGUUGUCAUCUUCCUAAAACUCAAGUGUGCCAGAUGCAGUGUCUCGAAGCCAAUUCGACAGAAUUUUUAUCAUCUUCGUGUAAAAGUUUUAAAGAUGAGAACGAAGAAUUCUUUAAAUGCAUUGAAAGACAAAAAUAUGCAGACACAUGUUGCAAUCAUGCUACUACAACGGCUUGUAAAAAUAUAUGUAAAACUGCAUUUUCUAACCCUUUGCCGCUAAGCAUGGAGAUAAAAUCUUCAAUUUUGGAUAAGUGUAAUGAUGAUGUCAGAGAAUGCAUUAAAAAAAUUUCAGAUUUAACUGUUUCUUUCAGCAUUUCAAAGGAUCCCCGCUGCUGUGAAGGAGGUCACACCGCUCAAUGUAGAGCUUCGUGUCGACAAAUUUUAUCUCCCACUGUUCAUAGAAAAGAAAUAGUAGACAUGUUAUUAAAUAACGGAUGUGACAAAUCAAAAGCAAAUAAAAGAUUAUGGCAAUGCAUUUAUAUGAAGGAAGAAAAAACAGAGGAAAAUAUGAAACAAAACAAUAGUCUUCUUGGUUUGGACAGGCCAAAAUUACAAUGUUGUUCCAGAGCAGUAUCAACAAAAUGUCAAAAACUCUGCACAGAUAUGUCUUCCAGCGAUCCUUUGGCAGUUGACAAAUUUGAACAGCAGUGUGUCGGACAGAUUGUCGAAAAUGAUCUGUUGCAGUGUCUCGCCGACGUGGACGAACCUUGCGAACUGGGAUGCGAACAGUUGACGCACUGCACCAAUUUUAACGACAGACCGACCGAGCUGUUCAGAACUUGUAACACUCACGCCGACAAGACGGCCAACACCGUUUACUCAAUAUGGCAGAGGGGGAUUAUUCCCGUGGGCGACACCAGUUUCCAUCUGAAAGAUAUAUCUCAAUGCAAUCCCGAAGAAUGGAAAGCUUUGGCUUGCACUUUAAAUUUAAAACCGUGCCAAAAAUUGGACGAAAUAGCGACAAAAGUUUGUAGAUUAGAUUGUGAGAAGUAUUUAAUGCCUUGCAUUGAUAAAAAUUUCCUUUCAAAAGGUGAAACUCCUAGUGUUUUCUGUGAUAAAUUUGCUGCUAGUAAUUUAGAGCAAUGCAUUUCUUUAACACCAUAUUUAACACCAAGCAAAUAUCAGAAUCAUUUAAUCGAAGUCACCACUCCGUGCGUACCAAAUCCUUGCUACGAAGACGAAGUUUGUAUAGUGAUUCACACCUGUUUAUUUGGACGCGGAUGUUUACCGUAUUCUUGCGUUCCAGGAUGCCGAAUGGGGCAAAGAUCCAAUCUAGUUGUGGCUAGAGGGACCUACGUGCAGUUACCUAUGACUCCCGACGUUUAUAAUAUUGUCUGUUAUAAAGUUUGUUAUUGUAACUUCAAAGGCGAGUUAGUAGAUUGUAUAAAAGCACCCUGCGGAAACAACGACAACUGUUGGAACGGCGGAAAGAAAAUCGCUCACAACACUAGGAUUCAAAAAGGCUGCAAUAUUUGUUUCUGUUAUGCCGGAACGUUAACCUGUACGCAGGAAAAAUGCCAUUCUUCGGGACGGGAUCUGGAAAAAGCUCUACCGUGUAAUUGUCCGGACCAUUACGUUCCCGUCUGCGGUAGUAAUGGAAAAACUUACCCCAGCGCAUGUGUAGCCAGAUGCGAUUCGUUAACCGACGACCGGUUCGAAUUCGGAGCGUGUUUCGAUUCGGAUCCCUGUAGUCCUAAUUCGUGCAGCCCGCAACAAAGUUUUCAAGAAAAUUUAUCAGGGAAGAGGUUAUUAGAUUUUAGUUCUGGCCCGCUCAUUAACGAGAUGGCAACACAGAGUUUAUAUUUCGAGGAAAUCGUCGCGUCGGAUUAUUCCGGCCUCAACGGACAAGAAAUGGAAAAAUGGCUGACUACUUGGACUCGACGUCCUCGCUGGAAGCUUACGCCAUUUUAG